UCAUGGAGCCAUGGUGGGAUUGGCUGCCGUGCAUGGAGCAGGGCUAACGGGGUAGAGCAGAGCACAGCACUGUGUGUUCUGAAGCAGCUCGUCUUCCCUUUGUAUAAAGAGAUGAGCAGAGGAAGAGAGAACAGAGGAGUGUGACACUGUCGCUGUUCAUGCUCGGCUCACAGGCGUCCCCCAUACAGCACACACAACCGCCAUAGAGAAGGAACUGGUUUACAUCUCUCCUGCUUCCGUUUUGCGGAUGUUUUGGUCUAAAUGGAUGAGCAGAGCAAAGAGGAACAUGUGCUCACGGGUCUAGAUGAAGAGGCAUUGGUUGACCACGGGAAGACCAGCUUCACCACUCUUUCAAACUAUGAGACAGAAGAUUUGGAAAGUCACAGAGCUGUGUACGUAGGGGUCCACGUUCCAUUUGGAAGAGGGAGCAAACGGCGGCACCGCCACAGAGAACGCAGACAUCACCGAAAGAAGAAGGACAGAGACUAUGAAGAAGGAAAGGAAGAUGGAAGAGAGUCCCCCAGUUAUGACACACCUUCACAGAGGGUACAGUUCAUCUUAGGAACAGAGGACGAUGACCUCGAGCACAUCCCCCAUGACCUCUUCACUGAGCUGGAUGAGCUGUCCUUUAGAGAUGGUGGCGCGACUGAGUGGAGAGAGACCGCCAGAUGGUUGAAGUUUGAAGAGGAUGUGGAAGACGGUGGAGAGCGGUGGAGUAAGCCCUAUGUGGCCACAUUAUCACUUCACAGCUUAUUUGAACUACGCAGCUGCAUACUGAAUGGCACAGUCAUGCUGGAUAUGAGGGCCAACAGUAUUGAGGAAAUUGCAGACAUGGUCAUAGACAGCAUGGUGGCAUCUGGGCAGUUGAAGGAGGAUUUGCGCGCCAAGGUCCGGGAAGCAAUGCUGAAGAAGCACCACCAUCAGAAUGAGAGGAAGCUCAGCAAUCGCAUCCCUCUGGUGCGCUCCAUUGCUGACAUAGGCAAGAAACAUUCUGACCCACUCUUGCUUGAAAGAAACGGAGAGGGCUUGUCCUCCUCACGGCUCUCUCUCCACAAGCCAGGAUUGGCCUCCUCCGUCUCCAACCUGUCCCAGAGACGAGAGUCGAGAGUCUCCGUUCUGCUCAACCACCUCCUGCCCUCCUCCUCCUCCAACACUGGGCUGUCUCCGGGCCCCUCUCCCCACAGCACCCCACAAAACACCCCUUUAUCUUUUCGCCGCUCCCAUCUAAGCCCGUCACAAACCCAUUGCACAGGCCCUGGCCCUCAAGGCAUACCAGAGGUGGUUGUAUCUCCUCCUGAGGACGAUGAGCCAGCAAAUUCUGCGGAGGAGGACGCAGUGUCUCCACAGCUCACCCGGCGAACAUCCUCGGCAUCCCAGAACCAUGAGCUGCUGCCCUUAGAAGGACCAAUGGUGUCUCCGCACUCUCUUCCAAACAAUCUGGAUGGAAACAAGUCGAUGGAGAGGAGGCCAUCCAAAGUAGGGGUCAGUAGAGAAAACAGCAGUGUGGACUUCAGCAAGGUGGACAUGAAUUUCAUGAAAAAGAUUCCUCCUGGAGCUGAGGCUUCGAAUGUGCUUGUUGGAGAAGUGGACUUUUUAGAGAAGCCUAUAAUUGCAUUUGUACGGUUAUCACCAGCAGUCCUUAUCACAGGGCUUACUGAGGUACCAGUUCCCACCAGGUUUCUUUUUCUCCUUUUGGGUCCACACGGUAAAGGACCACAGUACCAUGAAAUUGGCAGAUCAAUGGCAACACUAAUGACAGAUGAGAUCUUCCAUGAUGUGGCUUACAAAGCCAAGGACCGAACAGAUCUGCUCUCUGGAUUAGAUGAGUUCCUUGACCAGGUAACUGUCCUGCCCCCUGGUGAAUGGGACCCCACCAUCCGAAUCGAGCCCCCGAAGAACGUCCCAUCUCAGAUGAAGAGAAAGAGACCGUCGCACCCUAAUGGUAGUGCACCUCCAGCUGGAGAGCUGGAAAAAGAGGACGAUCACCAUACAGGACCUGAGCUUCAAAGGACUGGGAGGAUUUUUGGAGGUUUGUUCCUGGAUGUGAAGCGGAAAGUGCCCUUCUACUGGAGCGACAUCAAGGAUUCGCUCAAUCUUCAGUGUCUAGCCUCUAUUCUUUUUCUCUACUGUGCCUGCAUGUCCCCUGUCAUCACAUUUGGAGGUCUGCUUGGAGAGGCGACGAAAGGCAACAUAAGUGCAAUAGAAUCCCUGUUUGGAGCAUCACUGACAGGAGUGGCAUACUCACUGUUCGCGGGGCAGCCUCUCACAAUUCUUGGAAGCACAGGGCCUGUUUUAGUGUUUGAAAAGAUCCUCUUCAAGUUCUGCAAGGAUUAUGGCCUGUCCUACUUGUCUCUGCGGACCAGCAUCGGACUGUGGACGGCGUUCCUGUGCAUUUUGCUGGUAGCCACGGAUGCAAGCUCGCUGGUCUGCUACAUCACCCGCUUCACAGAGGAGGCCUUCGCAGCCCUCAUCUGCAUAAUCUUCAUCUACGAGGCUCUGGAGAAGCUCUUUCACCUCGGAGAAUAUUACCCCGUCAACAUGCACAACAAUUUAGACAAUCUGACUUUUUACUCGUGUCAGUGCUCUCCACCAGCCAAUGCAUCCGAUCAGCUCUUGCAGCAAUGGAACCGAACAGGGUACAACAGCUCAGACUCUAUACCAUGGAGCAACCUCAAUGUUUCGAUGUGUAAAUUGCUUGAUGGGGAGUUUGUGGGUCCUGCCUGUGGUCACCAUGGUCCUUACAUCCCAGAUGUUCUUUUCUGGUCCAUUAUCCUCUUUUUCACCACCUUCUUUUUAUCGUCAUUCCUCAAGCAGUUUAAGACAGAGACAUACUUCCCCACAAAGGUGCGUUCCACCAUCAGUGAUUUUGCCGUGUUUUUAACCAUAAUGAUUAUGGUGCUUGUGGAUUAUCUGAUGGGGAUUCCGAGUCCUAAACUGCAUGUCCCGGAUCGCUUUGAGCCAACAUCAAAGCACAGAGGCUGGCUGAUGGAUCCAUUAGGAGAAAACCCCUGGUGGACGCUGCUGGUGGCAGCGGUUCCUGCUUUACUCUGCACAAUCCUCGUCUUUAUGGACCAGCAGAUCACUGCAGUCAUCAUCAACCGCAAGGAGCACAAGCUGAAGAAAGGAUGUGGUUAUCACCUGGAUCUCCUUAUAGUAGCAAUAAUGCUGGGGGUGUGCUCCAUUAUGGGCUUGCCAUGGUUCGUGGCUGCGACCGUCUUGUCCAUCUCCCAUGUGAACAGCCUGAAGGUGGAGUCCGGCUGCUCGGCGCCGGGAGAACAACCCAAGUUUCUGGGCAUUCGGGAGCAGCGGGUCACAGGAUUCAUGAUUUUUAGCCUCAUGGGCUGCUCUGUUUUCAUGACCUCGGUGCUGAAGUUUAUUCCCAUGCCUGUUCUGUAUGGAGUUUUUCUCUACAUGGGUGUUUCUUCCCUCAAAGGCAUUCAGUUCUUUGACAGAAUCAAAUUGUUUGGCAUGCCUGCAAAGCACCAGCCCGAUCUGAUCUACCUGCGCUACGUGCCGCUCUGGAAGGUUCAUGUGUUCACGCUAGUGCAGCUCACCUGUUUGGUGUUGCUAUGGGUCAUAAAAGCCUCUGCAGCAGCUGUCGUGUUUCCCAUGAUGGUUUUGGCUCUUGUGUUUAUUCGAAAGCUUCUGGACCUUUUGUUUACUAAUAGAGAGUUGAGUUGGCUCGAUGACCUGAUGCCAGAAAGCAAGAAGAAGACAGAGGAUGACAAGAAAAAGAAAGCACAAGAAAAGCUGGAGGAAGAAUCUCGACUGGAGGAGGAAGAAGAAGAAGAGCGGAAGAUGAAGGUUCGCUUUGAAGGCUCAAACCGGCUGAACAUCCCAGUGAACGCGUUCUCAGGAAGUUCUGAUUCUGACGCCUUGGUUGUAAAUAUCUCUGAUGAAAUGGUCCAAACCGCAGUGUGGAAAGCAGUGAACUCGAGUGCAGAGUUCUGUGUCCAACCUGUGAGGCGUUCAGGAAGCCAAGAGAAGGUGGCCUGUGUAAGAGUUGAUGUCAGCCCAGAUUCACCAGGAGAGGGCUCCACUACAGAAACCUUCCUGUGAUAAAGGAAGGCUCACCUUCUUCUCCUGAGCCCUCAACACUUUCCUGCUAAGACGGUGCCUCGUCAUCAGGGCAAAGAGCAAAACUGAACUGGAGCAGCACAGCCCAACUGCGGGGAAACAGACAAGCUCCCACAAAUGCUGAGAGUCCUACAUGUUCAUCAAAUGUGCCACGGUGCACAUCAUAUCAAACAUCUAGAAGAAAUAUCAAGAAAUUAUGACGUUCACCCUUUAGGGAUUCUCUAAAACUCGCCAGUUCUUCUCAACUAUUUGAACCGCAGAUGCCAAAGGAAGGCCAUUUUUUUAGUCAAGAUUUGACAAUUUUAUAUCAUUCGUUGUUUGGUGUAAACUUAACCCAGUGACAGAACUGUACAGGUUUUGUUUUACCUCAUAUUUUUUUAUGGAAGAACAGCUCCAAUGUUUAUUUAACAAACAGAGAUGUACCAUGAACCACAAUCAGGUAAUUUUCAGCUCAAUCAACCCUAGAUAGGGACCGGCGAGUCAGACACUCUAAAUUCUAAUCUUUUAAUAGUUAGUGAAUGCACCGUAUGUAAACACUAUGGCUUCUCUUUAGAAAAGAACAACAAAAAGCUUAAAACACUUUUCAUAAGGAAGCUAUUCCAUCUACAGAGAUGUGUUGGCUGAUCAUUCUGAGCUGCCAUGAGAGAACAAGACUUUCAUCAGAUAACAGAAAGGUGGAAUGUAUUGUAGCCACGUAAAGCUGUUUUUUCCUUUUCAACCUCUAUUUUAAAUAUUUUAUUUUACCACAUGCCUAGUCAUUUCUGUGGCUAAUUCCAGCUACGAGAAACAGCAAGACUUUCAGCAUAUAGCAAGAAAGUUGAACAAAGUACAGCAAUGGUGGUCUGUUUUACCCUUUUUGGGUUAACAGCAUCUGACUGUCAUGAAAUAUGAUGUAUCUGGAAGUAACAUAGAAAACACACAGGAGACCGCUGUUUUAGUGAUGCUAGCCAUGCUAACUUUGGCUAAUAAUCUAAGAACAGUUUAAAAUAUCAACUCUGUAAUCUUGUUUUAGAGGGACUCCUCUCUCAUUGCAGUUAUUAUAUCUUCUUAUAUCAGUUCUUUAAACAAAAGUGGAAUCUGCUCAAAUCAGCUUCAGCAGGUCAGAGAUCAGAAACCGACCACAAAAUUCUGACCAGUGCGUCUCUUAACAGCAGCAUUAAGGUGCUGACCUUUCAAUUCAUCCUAAAGAUAAUUAGACUUCUAUUGCACCAUGACUUCACACUGUAAGACCUUUGGAUUUACUCAUAAACCAUCUCUCUUGUCUCCAUGGGGACAUGCAGUGUUUGAUAUUGCUGCUCUGAAGUUGGUCAGUUGUUUUCACUGUUCAGCUCACAGAGCGUAGUGGAUGUUAGUAUUUUAUCUCUUUGUGUGCUGUACUCUUCAUCUGUAUUAUUGUAGAAAAGAGGCCAUAUACAGUCUGUACUGUACAGGAAGCACUUUGACUGUAAACUUUGUUUAACUUCCUUUCAUAUAAUUUUUUAGAGAUGUUCAACUACAAUUUGAGAUUGGUAAAGGAUUUUAGUCUCUUUUUUGUCACAAGGCAGUGAUAACUGCUUUGUCUCUGUUUAUUUUUAGUUUUUUUUUUCUGUCAUCGCUGGCAUCAUAAAUAUUUUAAUAAGUAAUAAAAUCUGUCAAGGUGCAAAAUAAAGAACAGAGUAUUCGUGGACCGCAGUUAUAGUUGCACUUGUUUUUAUACUGUCUGUAUUAUUGUGAAUAUCGACCGUGUGUUAUAUGAAAUGUCUAGCGUCUAAAAUAGUUUUAUGCAAAAUAUUUUACUGUACAUGUAAAAACUGUUAUUGUAGGAACUUGAUUUUAUUUCUAUUUUAUUUUAUUUAUUUUUUUUUUUUAUUUUUUUUUUUUUUUGAAAAAGUGCAGUUCUGUUUUAGCAAUAAAUAUUCUCUACCAAUCAACGUUUGGAGUCCCGGACUCCUCAAAUAUUCUGCCCAAGAAUAUUUUCCUGCAACAUUCUGUGCGUCUGUUUCAUGGGCUCUGUGUGUAGCGACUCUGCAAACGACUGUUUAUGGUGCCUUGUUGAUGCUCUUAGUGUGCAAGCGCUGUGUACUGGUUGAUGUGAUGGCGCACAGAUUCCAGAAAGGGGCCGUUACCUCCAUCACACCGCUGUGUCCGUCGUGUUCUUCCACGUCUUUCCCAAAAACAUGGACUUCUGUCUGUUUUCCAUUUAAAAUGUAACUAAAUGAUGUGUUUCUGUGUCACAGCUCUAGUACGUGCUCACCACCAAAAAGAACAAAACAAAACUUAAGAAUACGAAACUAAAGUUUAUUUACAUAAUCAGUGAAUGUUAAUUAUCGUGGUGUCAGUGUCAAAUAUAAAUGUGUAUAUUUAAUUAUUUUGCAGAAAAUUAGACCUGUCGAGUACUUUCAGAAUUAUAUAGAUUGUGUAAAUUAUGAAAGACUCUAUUUUCACAGGAUCACUAAUCAGAAUGUAUGAAUCUGAAUGAAAAGUCUCCUAUGGAAAGUGAUGUCUAGCCACCGAAAUCACUUAGUAAAACUGUAUUUCUACUGAUGUACAGAUCAUCAGUUAUUAUGUUUGUUGACUUCUUCUGUCAUGGUUGAUUGUUGCAAAGCAAUAAAAUGAACUCUUGGGGA